GCCUGGCCGCGCUUCCGCCGCCGUCAGCUGACUGCCGCCAGAGCCGGCCCGGCCCGGCCCCGAGCCGACGGCGACUGCGGAAGCUCCGCUGCAGCCACCCCCCCGCCCUGUUUUCCUCUGCCAUGGCAGGGGUAGUGGUGAGCGGAGCACAAGUGUCCUACAUUAGUCAAGACUGUGAAGAAAUUCCAGAAUUUUUGGGAAGAAAAUACGGACAUAUGGCAAAAAGGCUAGAUCUUAGCUUCAACUUGUUGAGGUCACUAGAAGGACUGAAAACAUUCAGUUACUUGGAAGAGCUGAUCUUGGACAACAAUCUACUCGGAAAUGACCUUCUGUUGCCCAGGUUACCCCACCUCCAUACCUUAACGCUCAACAAGAACCAAAUAACAGAAUUAGAAAGCCUUUUGGAUCAUUUGGCUGAAGUUGUGCCCUCACUACAGUACCUCAGCUUGCUUGGAAAUGUGGCCUGCCCCAAUGAACUGGUCUGCAAAGAAAAGGAUGAAGAUGACUACCAGAGGUACAGAUACUUCGUUCUGCACAAAUUGACAAACCUGAAAUUUCUUGAUACUCGGAAAGUAACCAGGAGAGAAAGAGAGGAAGCCCUGGUGAGAGGUGCCUUCAUGAAAGUGGUUAAACCUAAGGAUGCUAAGGCCUCCAGUGAAACUGUCUCCCUCUCUCCAGAAAUGAACUAUACGCCUCUGCCUUCGGGAUCCAGGGACCUCACCAAUCAUAGAGGCAUUUUGGGAAAAUGUCGCUACAUUUACUAUGGAAAGCAUUCCGAAGGCAACAGAUUCAUCAGAGAUGACCAGCUAUAGAACACAACACUCUUUCAUGCCUCUUCAGUCCCUCCACAUGAGAAGCAAAAAUUGCAUCUAAAUUUUAAGCAUGUAACUGAAGUCCUCUAGUGCCUUCUGCUGACUUUGCCAAGCCUGUCAAGAUCAUCCUUCUAUCUUAGUCUGAGUAGCCACAUAGAGAUUGACAUGAUUGCCUUUAAGCAGGUCCCAUCCACCAGUGUGACAGACAGCUGCAGCCAAGCACCCGGCCUGACAGGAGGAGCACCGUGAUGGAUUGCCUGGUCCAAUUGCUGCUCACAGAAGAGAAGGGGCCACACCUGGGGCUUCAGUGAGCAUGCUCCAUCGGUCGGCGCCUUAGCAAAAGCAGCGCGUUUAUCUCCUGCUUGCCUGUUGAGCGAGAGUGGCUGGCGAUAUCAAAGUGUUUAUAAAAGAGAGAAGCUAUAAUUUCAGGUGAAAAAGCCCCUUAACUGUUCUAAGUUUUUUUCCCUGUGAAUUAAGUGAUUGUGUUUCUAUCAUCUCCUACAUGCUCACACAAAUCCUCUUCAUAGAGCGUGCUUGGUUUUUCCUCAAAUGAUCCUAUAUGGAUUAUUCUUUCUUUCAACAGGAAAACAAAAUCCUGAAAAUAUUUCAGCUAUGCAAAGUACUAUCAAUGUGUAUUUUUGAUUAUAUGCAAAGGAAAAGGGUUUAAACAAUUUCACAGACAAAAUUUGCUAAUUAUUAUAUUACAUCUCAACAUUUGCUUACUCUGACCUUCAGAAAAUGGGUCAUUUUUUAUUCUUGGAAAAAGCCCUCAAUUAUGAUAUUGACAGUGUGCAUUAUUCCUGGUUUAUUGCACAAGAUAUUUUUAACUUGUGUAGAGAGUGCAUUUCAAAUGAAAUGCUUAAAUUUGGAAUGAAAAAAGAGCUUAAAAAGAGGGAUAUAAAAUUGCCACCAGAUGGGUAUGAUUACUCAGAUGGGGAAAAAGACAAUAAAAGUAACUGGUGGAAUUAACAUAAUUAACAGCUUUACUAAUAUAUUAUAGAGAAAAGUUCUGAUUAAUACCUUUUGAAUUCUACAUAAGAAGGGCUACUGUCAAGUUUUCAGUGAAAAACCAAGAAUGCGUAGCAUAUUUCCUGCUUGUCUAUGAAACAGGUUGGACAUGCUUAAAAUCAUGAACUUCUUACUGUGAAAAAAAGAUCCCAAUGUCUAAUAAAUAUAUCAUGUUCAACACUGCUAGUUACAAUGUGAGUGACCUAGGAAUAUGCAAAAAUUCUGCCCUCUGUUCCAAACCCAUCCAUAUUGGUCCUAGUUGAGUGUCAUUGCUGUCUGGCUGUUCUUGGUUUGUUUGAAAUUACUUGAUGCUCCUAAUUUAGAAGUUGCCUAAUGUUUUUGGCCAUUGUCAUGGCUGGUGUUGCAUGUGGAAGUAAAUGAUAUGGAAGCCACUUGUAAUACCUCUAUUAAUGUCAUAGAUGGUUACCAAUGAAAUGCCAAUUCACCUUAGAAAUCCUGGGAGAUAUUAGAUAAAGGAAAAAAAAAACAUCCUUUUUUUUUUUCCACAAAGAAAAUUAUUACAAGUAUUUAGGGCACUUGUCUUCUCUCUUGGUUACCAGAAUAACAGCAAUUCUAGUUUGUUCAUAUUAUUUUGUCUGUUUUGAAGCCUCCACAUGCUUUGGCUGUGGCAUAUUAUAGGCAGCAGGGUUCUGCUGGGUGUUGAGAAUAACCUCAUGUCACUUUCAGUCUGGUUGCAUGUAUGUUCUUGUCUUUAUGAAAGGCUUUAACCCUGCCUCAAACAAUAAACAGCACUUGCAAACUGA